AUGGCCUGGCCCGAGCGAGCGCGGCAGAGAACGAGCGCCGGCCGGCCCCCUGGCCCCGCUCCCCGCCUCCCGUCCUCCGCCCUCCGCCUCCGGCCUCCGCCCGACGCGCCGGAGGCCCGGCCGGCCGCGGCGUGUCUGCGCGCCCCUCCCUCGGCGGCGUCCCACGCCCCCUUCCGGCCGGGGGCGCGCGGGGCGGAGCGCGGCGCGGCAGCGCGGACUAGGGCGUUGGGUUCCCCUGAGGUGGCCCGCGGAGUGGGCGAGAUUUGUUUGCUUGUUUGUUUGGUAGCAAUCUUUGUUUCCUGUCAACUUCUCUCACAGAAAAAAUGUGGAAAGGCCAACUGCCCGUCUUCACCGCGUCAAAACAAAUGUCUGGUUGGGCUCGCCGAGUUACUAUUGUUGGCGAAGUCCAAGGAAUUGAGGAUGAAGAUGAAAGAAAAGAGCCUCCUAAUUGUACACACCAGAGAGAGAAGCAGGUGUUUAUACCACUGGAACUUUGCCUUGCAGAUUAUUUACAAAAUCUUGCUCCUUCAUGCCCAUCUCAGAACAAACACAAUCUGCAUUCAGAACAGGACCGUUUACAAGUUCAAUGGAGUUAUUUUGGGUGAGUCAUUGAAAACACAGUACAAAACCUUUCCUCACUCACCAGAAAUGCAUUUUUAAAAUAAAGCCAAAGUGAACAAGGCUUGGCAAGUUUGAGGGUGGACAAAAUGGGGAGAGAGCAAGGUUUCUGCCAGACUCAGACAGCAUUUUCCUAAACCAUUUUUGUCUAUUCCUUACAUUCAACUCUACCAAUUUCUCUUACCAUCACUAACCAAAAAGUAGAAGAUUGAGCAGGUAGGACAUCAAAACAAGGACACUUCAUAUCAACCACCAUUGUGAUAUAGAGCAGAAACGGCAGAUCCCUCUAUCUUGGCGUCAGUUUUAAGUCGCCCUUUUUGUCAUUCUUCAAUUCAGAAGCUAUAAGAUGUAUCUACUGAAUAAUCUCUUUAUUCUAAUUAAAUCAAUUUUGACAAGUUAAUAAUAAUUGUAGGCAAUUUUUAGAAAGUUGCAUAUAAAUUCAGUGUAUAGUCCUUUAAAAUUGCUUUUAAAAUAAGUGAAGUUCCAUGAGAGUUAAUUAAGCAAUGAAAUGUUAAAGGAAAUAGAGCUACAGAGACAGAAAAUAAUAAGCUAGUUCCUAAGAAACUUUUGAAAUUUAAUUCAUGUAAUGAAAGUCUAUUCAACGGCUUGAUACAUUUUAGAUAUUUAACAAUCAGGUAUUCAAGAUUUAUGAAUCAGUGUAGAUUCUUUAUCUAUAUAUU